CUAAAAUCAUCAUGGCAUCAACCUUAGGAUACUUUGAAUAACUCGUACUGCCUGAGUACCUGUUACCUAAAAUCACAAGCACGUUACCUGCUUAAGUAUAUUGUACAAUUUUCACCAUCUACCGGCUGUUAAUAUCAGAAGCAACAAGGACGACCCGGACCUCCACAACCGCCCAUUGAACCCGUCUUUCCUCGUCCUCCCCGUCCAUUUCCAUUCCUACUACAUCCAUUGAACCAAAUUCGCCACAUCCGAACCCUCAAGGUACACAAAACUCGAUCAAUUGAGGACUCGCGCAACACCAGGUGCAGGUAUAAACACGCCGCACACGCCCCUCGCCGGGACGAGGUCCAUGGCUGCCGCUGUGUCGCCAUGGCACAAUACAGCAAUGGCUACUCAUCUUCCUUUCGAAAACCCCAAGACGAUAACUCAAUAAUCGAGGAGUUACGGGCCGCCGCCGUGCGCUCCGUUCGAUUCCUAUGGAGGUUUGCCAAGGGUCCAGGUCGGGUCAUGGCCAUCAACGGCCUCUCUCGGUCUUCACAUCAGCUCAAGAGGAAUCUAGUUGCCCGCAGAAUACUGAGUUUUCCUCACUUGCUCGUUGCAUUCUGGGUCAUCGUACUGCUGUGGGGGGAACGUUGGGUGUUUCAUAACAAGGUUAACCAGUGCCACUGGGACAAGUGGGAAAAUUGGCCCGCCGGUGCAGAUCCACACCAUCUCAUCCUGGUGGCCGACCCCCAACUGAUAGAUCCGCAUUCAUACCCUGGCCGACCAUGGCCCCUGAAUCCUCUAACCUAUAAGAUUACCGACAACUACCUCCGUCGCUCUUACAACCAAUUAAUAUCUCAACUUGAUCCGACUUCUCUCUUCUUUCUAGGUGACCUUUUCGAUGGCGGUAGGGAAUGGAAGACCGCCCAUGGCGAAUUCAAAGAUCCUGAGUGGAAUCAACGGCCGGGCUCCGAAAAGGCGCUCCUAAAGAAAUGGUAUAAGAAGUAUACCCACAAAUUCUGGCUGAAGGAAUACGGGCGUUUCGGGAAUAUUUUUUUUGAUCCCUGGGUCAAGCUGGCUCAGAAAGGACCAGUUGAGAGUCGGCGGGGGAGGAAGAUAGUCGCAAGCCUACCGGGGAAUCAUGAUCUCGGCUUCGGAGACGAGAUCAAGAUUCCCGUCCGUGACCGGUUCGAGACUUAUUUUGGCGAGGGGAACCGCGUGGACGUCAUCGGCAAUCACACGUUUGUCUCGGUCGAUACUGUCUCGCUCAGCGCUGGCCAGGCCUAUCACCGCAUUGAGGAGAUCUACAAACCGACCGAGAACUUCCUCAAACAGGUUGGCUGGGCGAAGCGCAAGGCUGUUGUCAAGGAGCUACGCCAUCUUAGAGGCGAGGUUGAGGAGGUCAAGUUCUGGCACCGCAUCGAGGACCUCGAGAAAGCCGAUUUCAAGGACACCCCGAAGCUAGUGACUGAGAAAGAUACGGCCGAUUUACCGUCCAUCUUGUUAACACAUGUGCCCCUUUUUCGGCCACCGGGGACGCCUUGCGGGCCGCUGCGCGAGCAUUGGCCGCCCGCAAAGCCGCCAAAGGGUCAAACGGGCCCCGUCAUACCCGACCACCGCAACGCCAUAUCCGUCUCGGGUGGCUACCAGUAUCAAAAUGUUCUUAGCGAACAGGACAGCCAGGAGCUUAUUCGGAGCAUUGGGAACGUGGUGCACGCCUUCUCGGGCGACGACCAUGACUACUGUGAGGUGGUACACAGCGCGGCGCAGGGGAACGUCAAGGAGAUCACGGUCAAGAGCAUCAGCAUGGCCAUGGGAGUGCCCACACCAGGAUUUCUCAUGGUCAGCCUCUACAACCCGAUAGACACCCAAGGCAAGCCGCUCCCCGGUGCGCCCAAGGAGACCAUUCAAACGCACCUGUGCCUGCUGCCCAGCCAGCUGACCAUCUUCUUCCGCUACGGGCUCUUCGCCGCCCUAUCGGGCAUCCUCCUGGCGAUCCGCGCGUUCCUCGUUCCGGUUCUGGGCCUCACGCCCUUUGCGCUCGAGCCCCAACAGGGAAGCGGCUCCCUACUUCCCGUCAAGGCCAAGAUGGACGACCCAUACUACGGCCGCCGUACGCCGACGAACGACUCGGGCACCUCGAGCUUCCAGUCCCGCGGCUACGGCUACGGCGUCGCACCGCCCAGCAGUAAGAUGCGGCAUUCGACGCCGGGCCACCGUGGCAACGGUGGCGGCGGAGGCAAGUGGGGCUGGGGCUCCAACAGCACGCGCACCCCCAAGAUCGAGAUCCGCCCGGACGACGAGGACGACGACUUUGGCAAGUGGAAGGCUGCGAGGCCCAGGGGCGGCCGCCAGCGCUCCCUGGUCAUCUUUCGGGAGUUUUGGACCACGGCGUGGCGGUGCCUGUGGAUGGUAGCUACAAUAUGGGCCUAUCUCACCUGGAAAGGGUGACUUUGUUCGUUUUAUUGUUUUAUUAAUUCUGUUGGGAGACCUCAUGUUCAUAGACAUGAGGUUUUUACGUCGAUCCAUUUUUUCCCCCAUGUGUUGUUUUAUGGUCUGUUCUGUUUACUCUCAAAAAAGAAAAAAAAAAUCACUAUUGUACUUGUACUGCAUUGGGUGCGCGGGGAACAAGUUGAAAACGGUCUAAUUAAACGGCAUAUACUUCCUUAUUUCCUCCUCUCCCCUGUGUAUCAAGACGAGCAAAGUUCAAAUAGACCCGGGGCUAAGGAUGCACAAGAUCUGCCUGCUCCAAGGGUAUAAAGUUUUAUUUACAAACGGGUUUUCAGGGUACGAGUUUUCAUCAAUGUUUAAUUUUUUUCUUUCUUUCUUCUCAAGUCCUGUCAACGACACGCCCUAUUUUGCGCGUUUAGAUUACAGCAUGGGCUUUUCUAGCAAAUCCGAUCCCAGCUCUGAGAGGUUUCAUCGCAUCGUGGAUCCGUCUUUGGUAUUAGCCAAGUACAUAAGUUGAACGAUGUUAAAGGAAAGGAGAGAAGUUUAAAUGUCGUUGGAGAACACUUGGUGAGGGUCAUACGAGUACAAGACAAGAAUUGCGGUCGACAGAAAGGAGAGAAAAAGCAACGCCACCGAAAGGCUAAAGAACACAUAAAAGGGAUUAAACGAGUGGGAGCCGGACCAACCCAAGCAGGCUUUUUUUGUUGCUGCAUCUUCGGAAACACAAACAAAAUGCAAAAUACGAAAUAAAGAGAGAGGGUGGAGAAGCACAUCAUGGUGCUUUGUAUUCCGAUCGGGAAAAGAAAAAAUCCUCGUCUAGUGCAUCCUCUCAGUCAGAUGGAUGACGGCAGCAUAUCCAGCGCAGCAGCUGGUGCUCAUGUUGUGGGCGCACCAGGGGCACUUGACCAUGGUCGUGAUGGCGCCGCUGAUGCCCAUCGCGUGAUCUUCAACCACCGCGUCCGGGCUCACCAUGCACUCGUACACGCGGCUGGGCAUGUCGUGCAGGAAACGGCAGCUACAGCACUCGACCAACAUCUUGGCCACCUUUUGCCCAAGCAGCUCAGGCGGUGGUGCCGUCUUCUUGAUCACCACUGCGUUGGCGGUCGAGGACGGCGAGGGCGGUGGGAGCAGCGACCGCCUCGACACCGUUACCCCCGCAGGGGCAGAUGCCUUUUCGGGGGCGGGGAUUG